AUGAAAAUAAUUAGUCCUAGAAAUUUAAAGGCAGCUUCAAAUACGGCGCAAAAUAUGGCAACUCCCAUCAUCAAUGAGAUGGAUUUGGCAAAGAAACGACCAGUAAAUCCCGUAUCAUUGGAAGAGAACAAGAAGAGCAAAAAGAAUAUCAAAGGAAUUGGCAAAAUGCGUGAUAGUCAAGGUUUUCAAUUGAAAAUUCAGGAUGUGAACCACUCUAGAAAGAAGCAAAUGGAUCCGGAUUAUGAAGUAGAGAUCGAAGGUCCUUUGAGGAAAAUAAAGCCAUACUUCUUUACUUACAAAACGUUCUGUAAAGAAAGAUGGAGGGAUCGCAAGCUCAUAGACAUCUUUAUAGAUGAGUUCAGAGAUCGUUCACCGGAGUAUUACAGAAAGACAAUAGCUGCUGGAAAGGUCUACCUUAAUGAAAAUGUAGCUAACCUUGAUAGUAUCGUUCGUAAUGGGGAUCUCAUUGUGCAUGAGAUUCACAGACAUGAACCUCCAGUGACAUCAAGACCAGUAAAGACCGUGUUUGAAGAUGAUGAUUUGCUCGUUAUAGACAAGCCAAGCGGUAUCCCCGUGCACCCAACUGGGAGAUACCGGUUCAACACUAUUACAAAAUUAUUGGAAAAGGAAAGAGGAUAUUCAGUUCAUCCUUGCAAUAGGCUCGAUCGUUUAACCAGCGGAUUGAUGUUUUUGGCAAAGAAUCCAAAGGGUGCAGAUAAAAUGGCAGAUCAAAUGAAAGCAAGAGAAGUUAGUAAAGAAUAUGUGGCUCGUGUUGUAGGGGAGUUUCCGAUCGGAAAGAUAAUUGUAGAUAAACCACUUAGAACAGUAGAUCCUAAAGUUGGUCUCAACGUAACCUGUUCUAUAGAUGAAGAAGGUGCUAAGGAGGCCCGUACUAGCUUUGAAAGGAUUAGCUACGAUGGUAAGACGAGUAUUGUUAGAUGCAAACCCUUAACCGGAAGAACGCACCAAAUUAGAGUCCAUCUUCAAUCUUUAGGCCAUCCGAUUGCAAAUGACCCAAUAUACUCAAAUCCUAAUAUCUGGGGACCAGAACUGGGAAAAAGCUACACUGGAGACUAUUCAGAGAUCAUUGACAAAUUAGACAAAGUCGGAAAAACAGAAUCUGCAGAGAGCUGGCUACACCCGGACUCCCAAGGUGAAGUGUUGCUCAACAAACAGUGUGAUAUAUGUGAUACAGAAUUGUACACGGAUCCAGGUCCUAAUGAUUUGGAUUUAUGGUUACAUGCCUAUAGAUACGAAUCUACAGAAAUUGAUGAAAAUGGAAAUAAAUUAUGGAGUUACAGAACUGAUUUUCCUGACUGGGCCAUAGAACCACAUCGCAUGUACAUGGAGAAAGCUUUGGAAGAGGCAAAGAAAUGUGGGGAAACGAAAACAGCUUUCAAUGUUGGUGCCCUUUUAGUAAAUGGAACAGAGAUCCUCUCCUCUGGAUAUUCAAGGGAGCUACCAGGUAACACACAUGCCGAGCAAUGUGCAUUGGAUAAAUAUUCCGCUCAACAUGACAAUGCUCCUCUUCCGCAAGGGACAGUUAUCUACACCACAAUGGAACCGUGCUCCUUAAGAUUGAGCGGAAACUUACCUUGUGUGGAUAGAAUUAUCGAUACCAACAGCGCCAUUAAAACUGUUUUUGUUGGGGUAAUGGAGCCAGAUAUCUUUGUCAAGAAUAACACCAGCUAUCAAAAGUUGGCCCAACAUGGAAUUGACUAUAUUCUCAUUCCUGGAUAUGAGAAAGAAAUUCUUGAAGUCGCAUGUAAGGGCCAUGACCAGUGA